AUGGCUUCACUCAAGAUCACAAUUGCGAUAGACAGCGAUGGGCAAGUUGAGGAUGUGGAUGAAGAAUAUGUCCAAAAACUGAUGGAUUGGUUGCAAUAUUUCACGCGGCUCAAGCCAGAACGCAAAUCUGAAGUAGCUGAAAAAUUAGAGAGUAGUAGGCAAAGCCUUUUUACGGCAGAAGUUAUAAGGUCUCAACAAUAUAUUGAUCAACAAUAUAUUAAUCCUAUAUACUUAACCCAAGGGGCCGAACCGCGCUUUGAUACUCCACCAAUUCUUGCGACAACGACUAACAUGCUAUCAAGAAGGAUCAAUUCUUCCCCAACAAGUGUUGAUAGAGACUUAUUCGUUCCAGCCAUUCAUGACGCACCCGAAACCUUUUCCAUGACAACCACUAUAAGUGAACCCGCAGAAGAGACAAAUUACGUACAAGGGCAUACGUCGGACUACACGCGCCAAACCACCAUUGCGACAUCAGUGACUGGCCUAUCAGUUACUGACGUAUCGGAGACUGACCAAUCAGUGACUGACCUGGCACUUUCUAAGGCGGUGAAUAAUUGUGUCCAAGAAAAUCUAGACGAGUUUAUUCAGUAUGAUCUUGCAAUUUGGGCCAAACAAGGACUGUGGCUCGUACAACCCAGUCUGCAGAGUUUUUUGGACCCGGUCACGAAUUGCCGUGAUGAGAUGUUCCGUGCUGGCAUCGACAAUCCCUGGAAUUCUAAGAAAAUAAGUCGUCGCUUCGCUCGGGUUCGCCUCGUAUAUUGGUUUGAGGAGGAAUGCAAAGCGAUACGAGAAAAGAGCCCUAGUCAAGGUAUUGACCGACGUAGAGCCGCUGUAGAUGCAAUUAUGAAGAAAUUUUACGGGGACUGGGAUCAGGUGAAGGAUAGCAAUCGUGAAGCACGUCGUCGGAGGUUUCAUAACGAGAAAAACAUUGGUAAGAAGUGGUGUCAAUUAGCAAACUGGAUCGAUCCAGGAAUACUAGUCAUCAGUGGUGACCAGAUGGAUACUGAAAUGUUAGUGCAUUCGAAGAACAUUCGAGGUAAAUCCAUUGAAACGCUAGCUCUGAAAAUUUUAAAUGAUCCUCGACCAAUCAAAAGCUACUGCCAAGUCUUCGAAGCGAUAGUCAAACUUUUCAUGACACAGAAAGCUUUUUCAGAUGACAGAUACAAAGAUUGGUCCGAAAAGGCGAAGGCUGCAUUGAAAGGAUGCCAGAAAGCUUCUGGGGAGAUUCAAUCGCUUCCCAGUUUGAGUAAUCCACACUCCUUCAUCCACGAGUAUUUACGGGCAGUAAAUGGAGAGUAG